AUGUUCACUUGGACAUCAACUCAAGCUCUUCAUUUUCCCUUGAUUCCAAAUCCCCAUUUUCACAUAAAUUCAUCUCUGCAAACUCAAUAUCCAAAGACACUUAAACAAACUAAUCAUCUUCAACCACUAUCAACAUCCCCAAUUUCUCUUUCCUCUCCUGCCAUUGCUGAAUCCCCACCAAACCCCACUUCACAAACUCCUUCCCCUGAGUCAUGGAUCAAAGAAUUCCGUUUCCUGGCGCAAUCCAACCGCUUCAAAGAGGCCAUUGCCGUCUAUAUUCAGAUGAAUAUAGCAGGCGUUAUGCCGGACAACUUUAUUUUUCCGGCAGCUUUAAAGGCCGCAACGGGCCUUUGUGACAUGCAUCUUGGCCAACAGUUACAUUGCUCUGUUGUCAAAAUGGGGUACGAUUACUUGUCUGUCACUGUGGCGAAUACUCUAAUACAUUUUUACGGGAGUUGCGGAGAAGUACGUGAAGUCCUCAAGGUGUUUGAAAGGAUGCCCGAACGUGAUCAAGUAUCUUGGAACACCAUGAUCAAUGCUUUGUGCAAAGCUGCAGAGUGGGAAUUGGCACUAGAAGCAUUUAGGUUGAUGGGAUCUGAGGGAACAGAGCCUAGCUCUUUCACAUUGGUUAGUGCUGCGCUGGCUUGCAGUAACUUAGGUGGAAGUCAUGGGUUGAAGCUCGGGAAGCAAAUUCAUGGGUAUAGUUUGAGAAUGGAGGACUGCAAGACUUUCACCCAAAAUGCUUUGAUGGCUAUGUAUGCAAAGCUUGACAGAGUUAGUGAUUCAAAAGCAGUGUUUGAGGUCUUCCCAAAUCGAGACUUGGUUUCUUGGAACACUAUAAUAGCUGCUUUUCAACAAAAUGAUCAAUUUUAUGAGGCUUUAGGGCAUUUGAAACUUAUGAUUACUGAGGGAUUCAAGCCUGAUGCAAUGACAAUAUCUAGCAUCCUUCCAGCUUGUGCCCAUUUGGAGUUGCUUGAUGUUGGGAAGGAAAUCCAUGGUUAUGUUACAAGGGAUCAAGAUUUGGUGGAGAAUUCUUUCGUGGCCAGUGCUUUGAUUGACAUGUAUUGCAAUUGUAAAAGGGUUGAAAGUGGGAGAACUGUAUUUGAUGGUACGAUGGAGAGGAGACUUGGGGUUUGGAAUGCUAUGCUCUCUGGAUAUGCACGAAAUGGACUUUAUAAAAGUGCAUUGGUGCUUUUUUUGGACUUUAUGGAGGUCUCAGGGUUCUUUCCGAACUCAACAACAUUAGCUAGUGUCUUGCCAGCUUGUGUUCACUGUGAAGCAUUUACUGGAAAAGAAGUCUUUCAUGGGUAUAUAAUAAAAUUAGGAUUUUGUGGAGAUAGAUAUGUGCAGAAUGCAUUGAUGGACUUGUAUUCUAGGAUAGGAAACAUCACUGUUGCGAAAUAUAUAUUUUCCAGCAUGGAGAGCAGAGACCUUGUUUCUUGGAACACCAUGAUCACAGGCUAUGCAGUUUGCGGACGCCAUGAAGAUGCUCUAAGGCUCAUAUACAGAAUGCAAGAAAAAAAACUGAAGGAUGACAGUGAGAAAGAUCCAAAUGAUUGGGAAGUGAAACAAACUCUGUAA